AUGGUUCUCAAAGUAGAUUUCAAUGGCAAUGAUCUCCGAUCUACAUCGAGAGGCUUUAUAUACGAUGACAUAGUAUCCUCUGACAUCAUUCCAAAAUUCCAUUGCGAUCCGGCUGAUGGCGGGGCCGCAUAUCCCCCACAUCCCACCCCCUUGGCCACCGCGCUUAAAUUCCGCUUUGAUCCUUUCUCAGACGUCUUGCUUAACAAUCAUCGGGGUGGUGGCAUAAUUGGAGUCCGGCGUCAGCGCACGUUGGCCGCCUUAAACUAUAGUGGGACGAGGGUGAUUGCAGUGGAUGCGAUGCUAUGUGGAAGGCAAUAUCAGCGGAAUAUACUGGAAGAAUAG